GUAGGACACACUUGUACUGUGGACUUGUAAAAGUUCUGAGGGAAGGGAGAUGAAAAUUGCUUAUCUUCUCCAGCUGAGCAUCUGUCAGAGCCCUUGGCUGUGCUGUGCUGCUUUGUGCACCCCUAGGUGUGGGGUGACUUACCAGCACAGCCCUGUCUGCACCAGGAAGCAAGUGCCACGUCCCCUACCCGCCUCGCCUCCAGCCGCCUAUCCCUACUGCUGUGUCUGCGCAUGGCAUGGCCAGGGGGACAUGGGCAUCCUCCCCGAAUCAGAGUGGGCAUCCUGGAGCACGUUCUUUGAGGGCACCUUCUCCAGCUCCUGGUACAGCAAACACAAGACUGAGCUCUUGGGAGUUUUACUUGCUGCUGCCUCAAAUGUUCUGAUUAGCAUCUCUUUGAGUAUGCAGAAAUGCAUUCAUCUCCGACUGGCUCGCCAAGCAGAGCUGAAGCCCUUCUACAGGAGCAAGCUGUGGUGGUAUGGAGCUGUCCUGCUGGGCCUUGGAGAGCUGGGCAAUUUCACAGCCUAUGGAUUUGCCCCCGCUGCCCUUAUUGCUCCACUAGGAUGUGUAUCUAUCAUAGGUAGUGCAUUUAUUUCUGUCUUAUUCCUAAAGAGGACCAUGAGGGCUGCAGAUAUACUGGGAGGAACUCUGGCAGUAGUAGGGACAUUCCUGUUGGUGACAUUUGCUCCAAAUGUACCCCAAGAGCUCACAGCAAGACGAGUACAGACUGACUUAGUGAGCUGGCCUUUCUUGGUAUACGUGAUUUUAGAAAUUAUAAUAUUCUGCGUUCUCCUUUAUUUUUACAAAAGAAAGGCUGUGAAGCACAUUGUGGUUUUGUUAAUGAUGGUGGCAAUGCUGGCUUCGCUGACUGUCAUUGCUGUGAAGGCUGUGGCCAGCAUGAUAACGCUCUCUGCCAAAGGGAAAAUGCAGCUAACUUACCCUGUUUUCUAUAUCAUGCUCAUCUUAAUGGCAACUUCUUGUGUUUUCCAGGUCAAGUUCUUAAAUCAAGCAAUGCAUCUAUAUGAAGCAAGAGCAGUUGUGCCCAUUAACUUUGUGUUCUGCACCACGACCGCCAUCAUAUCAGGGGUCAUAUUUUAUCAGGAAUUCCAAAGUGCAACUUUCCUGAGCGUGUUCAUGUUUCUGUUCGGGUGUCUCCUAUCUUUCCUCAGUGUAUUUGUAAUUGCAGUAAAUAAAAAAGAGGAGGAUUUACAAGUUCCUUAUAUUGACAGUGGAUGUAUUCCUGGACAAAAAUUGACAGGCAAAAUACAACCAGAUUCUUACGGUUCAUGCUAUGGCACUUUGAAUAAUAAAGAUGACUCGGGGAAAAAUCAAAGCUGAAAGAAGAAGGCACCUUACGUUCCACUUAAUGAGAGGAAUGCCACUGGAACAAGAAGCCGCAGCACCUUUUCAUUGGAUGUACUCAAGUAGAUAUUGAAUUCCUGCACGUUGAUGAGUCAUAUGUUAUUUAAUCUUACUUAAUUUAUCCUCUGGCUGUCCCAAAUGUGUUUUGAAGAUAAAGAAAACCUUAAGAAAAACUUAAUAACCAUUAAUGAAACAGAAUGUUCUAGAAGUAUAAAUGCCUCUCAGUGACGAGUACGGAUAUUUUUAGGCUUUUAAUUGCCUAGAAAUGCAAAUAGGCACAUGACAGGAUUUUUAAAAUUUGUUUUUGAAAACCCCCAGAUGUGCAUAGAUGCUUAAGGACAAAUAUGGGAAAUAAAGAGGAUUUUUGUGAGAGACUUCAAAA